UGAGGCCAAAAGCACAAGCAUUACAGGGAUAUAAAGCAGGAGGUUACUGGAAAGAAUUACAAACUAACGUGAGAUGAGACCAAAUUUUUGCAAAUAGCAGAAAAUGUGAUCUUUGCUUUUUGGAACUGAAAAAUCUCAGAAGAAAACUGGAGACUGACACAGAUCAGGGUCACUCCUCAACUGUGCACCCUUCUGAGGCACUGCUUUUGUGAGGUGGGAAUGAUGACAGGGGCAAAAAGGAAAAGAAACACAGUCUGGAGGAAAAUCCAGGCUGUUCGCUUUGAAGAUAUCAAAGCCUGGUGUAUGGGAAGGUUGCCCAUCUUGAAAUGGGUGCCCGUCUACAACUGGAAAGAAAGUUUGGUUCCUGAUGCAGUUUCUGGGGUGAUGCUAGCCAUUCAACAGGUGACUCAAGGGUUGGCCUUUGCUGCUCUGUCUUCAGUCCAUCCAGUUUUUGGUCUAUAUGGCUCUUUCUUCCCAGUCAUAGUUUAUGCCAUAUUUGGAAUGGGACGACAUGUUGCAACAGGAACUUUUGCUUUAACUUCCUUAAUAUCUGCCAAUGCAGUUGAACGUCUUGUUCCUUCAGUCACCACUAAUUUCACUGCAAACAAUAAUUCAGGAAUUUUGGGCUUAUCGGAGUUUGAAAUGCAAAGGAUUGGAGUUGCAGCAGCAGUUUCAUUUCUAGGAGGAAUCAUUCAGGUAGCAAUGUUUAUGCUGCAGCUGGGCAGAGCCACGUUCUUGUUAACAGAGCCAGUAAUAAGCGCGAUGACAACAGGAGCAGCUACACACGUUGUGACUUCACAAGUGAAGUAUCUGCUGGGAAUGAAAAUGCCAUAUAUAUCGGGACCACUGGGAUUUUUUCAUAUUUAUGCCUACGUAUUUGAGAAUAUCAGAUCAGUUCAGCUGGAGGCUUUACUUCUCUCCUUGCUGAGCAUUGUGGUGCUUGUUCUUGUUAAAGAACUGAAUGAGAAAUUUCAGAGGGACAUUAAAGUUGUUCUUCCCAUCGAUCUACUUCUGAUAAUUGCUACAUCCAUUGCUUGCUACUAUGCUGAUAUGGAAUACAUCUAUGGCCUAGAAGUUGUGGGACAUAUUCCUAAAGGGUUGCCAUCACCGAAAAUGCCACCCAUGAAUGUCCUGCCUGAAGUAGUCACUGAAGCUUUUGGAGUAGCACUGGUUGGUUAUGUGGCCUCACUAGCUCUUGCUCAAGGCUCCGCUAAAAAGUUUAAAUACACUGUGGAUGACAACCAGGAAUUUUUGGCUCAUGGCCUCAGCAACGUGAUUCCUUCAUUUUUCUUUUGCAUACCAAGUGCUGCAGCGAUGGGACGGACUGCACUUUUGUACAGUACGGGCGCCAAAACACAGAUGGCUUGCCUUAUCUCUUGUGUACUAAUUCUUGUGGUGAUCUAUGCAAUUGGACCUCUGCUGUACUGGCUUCCUAUGUGUGUCUUAGCAAGCAUUAUUGUUGUGGGCUUGAAAGGGAUGCUAAUGCAGUUCUGUGACUUAAAAAAAUAUUGGAAUGUGGAUAAAAUAGACUGGAGCAUAUGGGUUAGUACCUACGUGUUUACAAUAUGCUUUGCUGCCAACGUGGGACUGUUGUAUGGCAUUGUCUGCACUAUAGUAAUUGUGAUUUUCCGCUUUCCCAGAGCAAAGACGCUGAAUUUGAAAAAUGUGAAAGAAGUGGAAUAUAAAUACAAAGCAGAAGAUAACUAUGAAUCAUUGAAACAGGUGAAAAUAAUUUCAGUCAACAAUCCAUUAGUCUUUCUGAAUGCCAGGAAAUUUCAUGCUGACCUGAUAAAGAUAAUCCAGAAGGAUAGCAUGAGCAGCCAGUGUGAGCAGAACACAUUGCUCUGUCCAUUUUCCAAUGGAAGUUGUCAUGGUGAAUCUGUGCAGUCAUGUCACAGUGAGAGAUGUGUUUUGAUAUUAGACUGCAGUGGACUGAAUUUCUUUGACUACACUGGAGUCUCAGUGCUUCUUCAGAUUUACAUGGACUGUAAGAACAGACACAUCAAUGUGUUGCUAGCACACUGCAAAGCUUCCUUGAUAAAAGCAAUGCAGUACGGUGGAUAUCUUGAAUCUGAGAAUCCUGUCUUUUUUGAAUCUAUUUCUUCAGCAAUUGAUGCCAUUCAAAUUCACAGGAAUUACAGCAAGUACAGUGAACAGAGUGAAGUGUGAUGCCCACUCAUUGAGUAUGGCUAGUUUCAUCUGCUCAUAUUCAGAAUGAACUACACCAUGGUUUCUCCUUAGGUUUUUUUCACCAGUGGAUCUCAUAGAUGACCUUUUGUAUGCCAUAUAUAUUUAGUACAUUCAGUAAUGAUUGAUCUACCAUUCAGAAAGAAAGUCUUUCAGCUGCUAUCACUCAGAGAAUGUUCAUGCAAUUGUUCUAUAGUGGUUUUAUAUCAUAUUUUUAUAUCUAGAUAAAAAUUACAUUUAGAUAAAAAUUAUUAAGAAGUAGACAUGAGGUACUGACUGUGUUUACCAGUCAGAUAUAUUCUUUUAGAUAUCUUUUAUCAUACCAUUAGUUGUAAUGUGCCUCUGUAGUUUUGUGUAUGAAAUAGAGACAUUUUGAAUUCUUAAAAGAGUAUGUUA